UAUUUGUUAAUCAGCAUUAUAACGGGCCACCGUAAAAAGAAGUUCCAACAUCUAUUUAUUCGUUCAACCAGAUUUAAUUUAAUGCUCUCAUAUUAUUCCCGCCUUCACGUCGUACCUUAUAAUAUACUUGAAGUGUUUAAAUUUUAGGUUUUUCACAGCCUGAGUGCUGAUUUACCUGAAGAGAACGAAAGGGGUCCGUGAAGGUUUUACUGUUAGUCUCGAUCUAGUUUGAAUAAACGUCACUCAAAGUUUGAUUUGUAUGGAAGCUGUGGAUCACAGUGACACAAGCUGCCGCAGGCUGCGCUUCAGGACUUGUGCUCUUCAGCCUUUUUCUCUAUAGGGGAAAGAAUUACGCAACCUUUCCGCGGCCGGCGCGUUACCAUAAUAAAACCCUGUUCCAUCGGUGAUCCAGCUCUGGGGACGUAGUAGUCUAAUAAUCUUAAUCUUGCGCCCAGUUGGUGGAAAUCCCCACGUGGUUUCGACUCCUGUAUAAAAACUUUGGGUGUGCGGAGCCCCUGUUGUCGUGAUUGCAAAGAGAGAAAAGGGUCUCAGUGUGAGCAGCAUCUCGCAGGACGCACGGAGCCGACCGUCCACAGCCGCGCACGGUACCCGAGCGCACGUACAAAAGACGCGGGACUCGGCGAGAGUUGUUGUUCUCAUCGGGACUGCAGCUGCAGCAGUGGACUUUCUGCGUGUUGUUUGAAUGGGAAAGAGCGGACUGAACGCUUGUGGAGUUUUUGAUUGAGACCAAAGGGCGAGGUAACCGACUCGUCCUCGUUUGCGUUGGUAGACUCUGAGAACAGAACGUGGCAUGACAGAAGCGCGUCAGCAAUCAAAAGUCCAGAGAUGAACUUUUAUUUUGCGCAGAAAGAAGGCGUAUUGCUGGAUAACAAGCCCAAUGCAGAAUGACUGGAGUUAACUAGCCUCGGCUGCACUCUUGUUUGACUGGGAAUAUAAAGAUUUCGCUUCCAUGGAUACUUUGAGGCGUCUCGCUUUUGGAGCACAAGAGGAUGUUCUACCGGAAUUUGUCAAUUAAAUUUAGCUUUAACAUCAGUGUGUGUAUUUAACAUAUUCAGCCUUCUCUUCCAUAGUAUUUGGACUUUAAUCUUUAGAAACAAUGAGCACAUACGGCCUGGUUUUGUCCUGUUUAUUUGCGUGCGUUCUCUCCGUGCGCUGCGGCUCGGUGACCGGGGCAGAGACUCAGAGCUCGCCCCAGGAGUCGUGCGCGUCCUGCGGCUUCAGGGCGCCUGAUCAGUCGGAGCGGGUGAACAUAGACUUCUUGGAGGCGGUGAAGAGACACAUACUGAACCGGCUGCAGAUGAGAGACAGACCCAACAUCACCCAUCCCAUCCCGAAGGCUGCGAUGGUGACGGCGCUGAGGAGGCUGCACGCCGGGAAGGUGCGAGAGGACGGCCGGGUGGAGAUCCCCAGCUUUGACGGACAGGCUGCGUUCAACAACGAGGUCCAAGCCGAGACUUCUGAGAUCAUCAGCUUCGCCGAAUCAGAUGAGCACACAUCCACCAAGUCUGGUCUCUACUUCCUCGUCUCCAAUGAGGGCAACCAGAACCUGUAUGUGUCCCAGGCAAACCUGUGGCUCUACUUCCGAGUGCUGCCUGCCGGUCCUGAGAAGGGCCUCCGGAGGAAGGUGACUGUCAAGAUCCACUACCAGGAGGCAGGAGCUGCCAGUGGUGCAGAGGGAGGCCCAGGAGGUGGUGGUGGUGGUGGAGGGGGAACAGGCCGCUGGGCCCUGGUGGAGAAGCGGGUGGAUCUGAAGCGCAGUGGCUGGCAUACCUUCCCCCUUUCGGAGGCGGUGCGGGCUGUGUUCGGGAAAGGCAGCCGACGGCAGGACCUGGAGGUGCACUGCGAGGGCUGUGAGACAGCCGGCGUGGCUCCGGUGCUGGUGGACCCAGGAGACCCGUCCCACCGGCCCUUCCUGGUGGUGCGUGCGCGACAGGCGGACGGAAAGCACCGCAUUCGCAAGCGGGGGCUGGAGUGCGACGGCACGAGCGGCGGCCUUUGCUGCCGGCAGCAAUUUUACAUAGACUUCCGCCUUAUUGGCUGGAACGACUGGAUCAUUGCACCUGCUGGUUAUUACGGCAACUACUGUGAGGGCAGCUGCCCGGCCUACAUGGCGGGUGUGCCGGGCUCGGCCUCGUCCUUCCACACUGCAGUCGUUAACCAGUACCGCAUGAGAGGUAUGAGCCCAGGCUCGGUCAACUCCUGCUGCAUCCCCACCAAGCUCAGUACUAUGUCCAUGCUCUACUUUGACGAUGAAUACAACAUCGUUAAGAGGGACGUGCCCAACAUGAUCGUGGAGGAGUGUGGCUGUGCUUGAGCCCACGCUGACCCUUCGUUACCUUUGAACUUGGAACAGUCAGAAAGGCCUUUUGUACAAACAGGACGUUGUUGAACGGUACACAUAUACAAUAUAUCUAUAGCUACUGUAUGUGCAAGCAACAGUGCACACUGGUACAAUCUACCAAGUAUCAGUGCUGUGUCCAUGUGUGUGUGCGAAUGUGUGUAUUUAUCAGAGUGACAUGCUUGCUGUCCGUUCGGCGACGACUGGCCAGCGUUGGGACGAGAAGGGAACGAAUCUCACCAAAUGAUACUUUGCUCUAGUUUGCCAUUUCUAGUCAAAAAUAAUGGCUCAUCAUCUCCUCUUGAAUGAAGAUAACAAGCGCUUAAGUAAAGUGACAGGAUCAGCCGAUGACAUUAUUGGCUUCAGCCUCCCAACCCCGCUCCUCCAACCCUCUUAAGUACUUUAAGCACAUGAUAGACUUUUGUUUUUAUAAAGCACUGACAAUUCAUCAGCUUAUACAAUUCAGAACACCAGCACUUCCCUACAAUGCCGACAGACACAGUCUGACUGUCCUCUCUGGUGGAAUUAGACCGGCAGCGCUUAAUGCCUUGCAGGAUUAAACCCUCCGCAGAAAGGCAAAAGAAAGCCCGGGACAGAGCUGCCUCUGCUGUCGUUGUCGUUCUUGCUGUUGACUACGGGCCUCAACGUCCUGCCUAAGAGUGCUGCAGGCCCUGCUGCCAUGACAACCAGGUGAAGAUUGAUCGCGUAAGUGCACUUCACUUGUGCACCGGGAGCAACACAGAGAGAGAGAACUGCUUCCUCCUGCCCCCUAAAGGCCCAGUUGAAGUGGGGCCUGCGGAUGUGGAGACUCUAGUUUUGGCCCAGUGGGUCGCCACAGUGCAGUGCAGCACUUGCAGAAACUGAAAUGCACAUCCUGAAUAGCACUUGUAUAAAGAAAUGCCUUUCAAGGGGUACUGAGUGUCCUGUCAUAUCGCUUAAUAAGUGCCACAUGAGCUAUGCAAUGUAUAGUAACCUAUACCCAUACUCAACCUGCUCUAUUAGACUGAAUUCUCUUUCCAUCUUUGUCUUUCUCUCUCCUUCUUUCUCUCUUCAGUCCUCGACUCUUUAUCAAUACUUGAAAUGUAAUCUUUCGCCUCCUUUCCAAAGCGAAUGAUUGUUGUGACAUUUGCACUGAAAAGUUGCGGGAUUAGCGAAACAAAAAACUGCCAUUGAAAAGUUAUUUUUAUAGAAGUAAAUUGAAUUUUGUUUCAAAUGUAUUUUACCUAAUUAAUGGAACCAAAGAGGCCGAGAUUUUAGCUAUUGUACUAAGAUGGCAACGCCAUUGAGUUACUGUGUACAAUACUGUUUUCGAUCAUUUGCAAUAGGCCUACCACUGCAUCAGGGUACGAUAUAUGAAUUGAUUUCUUAGCUCUAUUUUCAUUCUCUGUUUUGUACAAUAAGCAACACUUCAUUUUUCAUCUUUAAUUCUAUUUUUGUUUCAGUUUUCUAUUUAAUAAGAAAGUUAUUUUUAGUUCCUGUCUAAGAAUCAUCUAGUCAAAUAAAUGUCAUCUGUACAGUUUAUGUAAAAUAAAAUGUUUUCUUAAAUAUUUUGUAACUUUAAA